UUCAGUGGGCCUGAGAAGAUGUGUUUCCCCUGGAUAUGCACAUUCCUGCUUGUGGCUUAUCGCAUCUCGUUUAUUCUGUGUGAGUAGGUAGAAAAUGAGCAUCACGGACGUGCUCAGUGCUGACGACAUUGCAGCAGCCCUCCAGGAAUGCCAAGACCCAGACACUUUUGAACCCCAAAAAUUCUUCCAGACGUCAGGCCUCUCCAAGAUGUCAGCCAGUCAGGUGAAGGACGUUUUCCGGUUCAUAGACAACGACCAGAGCGGGUACCUGGAUGAAGAAGAGCUUAAGUUUUUCCUCCAGAAGUUUGAGAGUGGUGCCAGAGAACUGACCGAGUCAGAAACCAAGUCCUUGAUGGCUGCUGCGGAUAAUGACGGAGAUGGAAAAAUUGGAGCAGAGGAAUUCCAGGAAAUGGUGCACUCUUAAAAGCCCCAGUCUCUGGAGAAAAGAGAGAAAGGAAUAAUCACCUGGAAGGACUCCAAAGCCCUGGGAAUGGGGAACCCCACAUCCUACCCCUACCUAAUUUGUUAAUUUCCCCGGAAACCUUCUGCAGUUUGCUCAUUGUUUCAGCGAGGUCAUGAGAGAGUCACUCAUGACUUUCUCCGUGGUGGAUAUGCCCUGACGACUUCUGUAAGCCCCCAUCCCCCGACAGGCAAUGCCUCUAAAAAUCACCCAAUAAAGGCAGGCUUCUCAU